AUGUGGGCCGUCCGGGCCGCCGUCCGCGCGGGACUUGGACUCUAUCGCGGGAGCCGCGGCCGCCCCGCCGUGAGGGAUCCGCAGCUUCGGCCCGGCCCUGCGUGUGCGUCCGCCGCCUUCGGAUCCAAGGUUCAGGGGCGCAAGGUCGGAGGAUGGGGCCCCCGGGCGGGCGGGCGGAAAGCAGCGGCCCAGGACCAGGGCGAGCCGGAGGACGCACACGAGGAAGGGGGCGAGGAAGAAGAGGAGGAGGAGGAGCUGCUUAUCCAAGAGCCCCUGCUGCCGCCGGGCGCCCAGCGCGUGUGCCUCGUCCACCCUGACAUUAAAUGUGGGCCCCGGAAGCCACAGCUGACCCGAGCCGAGUGGCAGGUGGCCGAGGCCCAGGCGCUGGUGCAGACGCUGGACGGCUGGUCAGUGGUUCAGACCCACGUGGUGUCCACCAGGACUCCCGACAGCAGGAUGCUCUUCGGCCGCGGAAACCUAGACCUGCUGACAGAGAGGAUCCGGGGUUGUCCGGAGGUCACGGCCGUGUUCCUGAACGUGGAGAAGAUGGGCCCCCUCACCAAGAAAGCUCUGGAGGCCACCUGGGGCGUGCAGGUGUUUGACCGCUUCACCAUCGUCCUGCACAUCUUCCAAUGCAACGCGCGCACCAGGGAGGCCCGGCUGCAGGUGGCCCUGGCCGAGAUCCCGCUGCUCAGGUCCAACCUGAAGAACGGCCUCCUUCACCUGGACGCCCCGGGAGCAGGUUCUCGGAACAUCAUGGGGUUAGGUGAGACGCCCCAGCAGGUGGGGCAGCGCGUGCUGAGGGAGCGGGAGGCCAAGAUCCGGCGGGCGCUGGACAGGCUGCGGGCGAAGAGACGCCUCGUCCACACCGAGCGCCAGCGGAGGGACCUCCCGGUCAUCGCCGUCGUGGGCUACACCAACAGUGGGAAGACCACGCUGAUCCGGGCGCUGACCGGGGACCAGGCCGCGCGGCCGCGGCAUCAGCUGUUUGCCACGCUGGACGUCACCGCCCACGGGGGCCGGCUGCCCUCGCAGCUGGCUGUGCUGUACGUGGACACCAUCGGCUUCCUGAGCCAGCUGCCACACCAGCUCAUCGCCUCCUUCUCCGCCACCCUGGACGACGUGGCCCAGGCGGAUGUGGUCAUUCACGUGCGGGAUGUCAGCCACCCCGACACGGAGCUGCAGAAGGCCAGCGUCCUGUCCACUCUGCGGGGCCUGCAGCUGCCCGCCUCUCUGCUGGAGUCCAUGGUGGAGGUCCACAAUAAGGUGGACCUGGUCAACGGGUACAGCCCCUCGGAGCCGGGGACUGUGGCCGUGUCCGCCCUGCGGGGUCAGGGGCUGCAGGAGCUGAAGUCACGGCUGCAGGACGCCGUCCUCAGGGCCACCGGACACAAGGUCCUCACCCUGCGCACGCGGCUGGAUGGGCCGCAGCUGAGCUGGCUGCACCGUGAGGCCACCGUGCAGGACGUGGACGUGGACCGUGAGGACGGAGUAGCCCACGUGACCGUCGUCAUCAGCCACGCCGCCCUCGGAAGGUUCCGGAAGCUCUUCCCCGGGUAA